AUAGAAAAUAUGUCAUUGGAUUUGAACUGAAAUACUGAAAAAUUCUUUUUUCAGGGUCAUUUCAGCUUUAUUUUAAAUGGGUAUCACACUCCUUUGUCAGGAAUUGUUUUUACCAUAGCCAAUUCACUACAAUACAAUAAGGUGAGCUAGGAUGUAAUUAUUCGUGUAUAGUAUAGAGGUUUCAGAUAGACUGGAGUUGACCUGAAAUGCUGGAAAAUGACCUUUAUUCGUGUGAAAUGCUGGAAAAUGACCUUUAUUCGUGUGAAAUGCUGGAAAAUGACCUUUAUUCGUGUAUAGUACAGAAGUUUCGGAUAGACAGAAGUUGACCUGAAAUUCUGGUAAAUUACCUUUAUUCGUGUGAAAUGAUGGAAAAUUACCUUUAUUCGUGUCAAAUGCUGGAAAUGACCUUUAUUCGUGUAUAGUAUAGCUCUUUUUUAAGGUGCGAUACUGCCUUUAAACAAUUAUUUUUAAUGUUUUAGUUGAAGUUAGUUUGUACCUGAAUCUAACUACGAAACAUGACGUCACAAAUGAGCACCACAGACUGGCAGUCGGGGAAAGAAUUCGCAGAGACGAACCUGUACAUGCUGGAACACGAGAUCGCAUGUGACGUCACGUUUAGAGUUGGGGCCGAGCAGACGACAGUUCGCGCCCACAAGUUUAUGUUAAUCAGUCGCAGUCACGUGUUCUCUGUCAUGAUGUGUGGUCCAAUGGCUGAGCCUGGCGAGAUCGAAAUCCCGGAUGUUGAUGCUGGGAUCUUUCGCCUGUUUUUGAGAUUUCUGUACACCAAUGAUAACACGGUGAAGUCUAACAGCGUCAUGCACGUGUUAUACCUGGCUAAAAAGUACAACACUGUAAACUUACAACACCAAUGUCUCAGGUUCCUGAAUACCUCCAUGACACCCGAGAAUGUUUGCGUCAUCCUGGAACAAGCGAAGGUGUUUGACGAGAAGCCGCUGUACGAGAAAGCGAUGGAAUUCAUCAAUGAAAAUGGAACUUCGGUCCUGAAAUCACCAGGAUUCUUGGAUCUGUCUCGGGAGUCUGUCCUCGAUGUAGUGAAGUCAGACGACCUUGUCAUUGAUGAGGAAGACGUGUUCCACGCCGUGAACACCUGGGCUGAACGUCAGUGUCAGAAACAAGGUACAGCUGUUACUCCAGAAGCAAAACGACAAGCUCUCGGGUUAGUUGUAAAACAUGUUCGGUUUACCAGUCUGUCCCAGGAGUUCGUUGUGAAAACCGUCGAUUCUAGUGGAGUUCUAACUCUGCCGGAACAACUCGGCAUUUUCCAUCAUUACAUCAUUACAAAGGAUUUUGUGCAGAACCACGGAAAAAUGACAAGGAAGAGAAAACUGUGUAUCGAUUUAAAACUACAAAUGCGACAGCGAUGAUGCCAUAUCAUUCAAAUGUAACAAAACGAUUCGACUUUGUGGUUUCAUGUUGUAUGGUCCGUACAGUGGAAAAAGAGAAUCUUAUGAUAUAUCUGCAAGACUGAUGGAUGAGGACAAUACCAUCUUAACUGAACUGAAAACUACAACACAGGUACAGAUGGAUGAAAGAAAAAUUUUCUCGGUGUAUAUUCAACACAGUGUUAAAGUCAAGCCAAACACUCUGCACACUAUUUGUGUCCGGUACGUGGGUCCAACUACAUGGUGCGGUGACAGGAAUUGUGUAAAGGAAUCUGCUCAGUCGAAUAUAGAUGAUUACCAGUUUGAUUUUGUUGAUUCAUCAUUUCGUAAAUUUGCUAAACAUUUAACUUUAACUCUUCAAAUUCCAGCACUUAUCUUUACUCGGUGACGCUUUAUACUCAUUGACAAGAUAGAGCUAGUUUACACUCGGCGUCACUACACUAGUCUCAGCCUUGGACUCCUUUAUCCUUACGCACCACGAAUCACAAGAUGUGUCUCUCUUCACAGACUACAAACAGAAGUAUUAAACAUCGGUGUUCUAUCAAUAGCGAUAUGCAUUUAUAUAGACUUGUCGUAUACCACAAAAUGCGUGCUUCCUUUCCGAAAAUAAUUAAACAUAUUGAAAAUCUGUGUUUUACCAAUAGUGGUAUGUAUUUAUUAAUCGUACACUAAAAGAUGUACUUUUCUAGAUACCUGUAAACAGAAAUAUUAAACAUAUGUGUUGUACCAGUAGUGGUAUAUAUUUAUUAACCGUACACUACAAGGUGUAUUUUUCUAGAUACCUGUAAACAGAAAUAUUAAACAUCUGUGCUGUACCAGUAGUGGUAUAUAUUUAUUCAUCGGACACUACAAGAUGUAUUUUUCUAGAUACUGUAAACAGAAAUAUUAAACAUCUGUGUUGUACCAGUAGUGGUAUAUAUUUAUUAAUCACACACUACAAGAUGUAUUUUUCUAGAUACUGUAAACAGAAAUAUUAAACAUCUGGGUUGUACCAGUAGUGGUAUAUACUUAUUAAUCGUACACUACAGGAUGUAUUUUUCUAGAUACUGUAAACAGAAAUAUUAAACAUCUGUGUUGUACCAGUAGUGGUAUAUACUUAUUAACCGUACACUACAAGAUGUAUUUUUCUAGAUAUCUGUAAACAGAAAUAUUAAACGUCUGUGUUGUAGCAGUUGUGAUAUAUAUAUUUAUUAAUCAUGCACUACAAGAUAUAUGUUUGUAAAUACCUGUAUACGAACACUAUUAAACAUCCGUGUUGUACCAGUAGUGGUAUGUAUUUAUUAAUUGUACACUGCAAGAUGUAUUUUUUCUAGAAACUGUAAAUAGAAAUAUUAAACAUCUGUGUUGUACUAGUAUUGGAAUAUAUUUACUAACUGUACACUACAAGAUGCAUUUUUCUAGAUACUGUAAACAGAAAUAUUAAACAUCUGUGUUGUACUAGUAUUGGUAUAUAUUUAUUAAUCGUACACUACAAGAUGUAUUUUUCUAGGUACCUGUAAACAGAAAUAUUAAACAUCUGUGUUGUACCAGUAGUGGUAUAUACAUAUUUAUUAAUCGUACACUACGAGAUGUAUUUUUCUAGAUACAUGUAAACAGAAAUAUUAAACAUCUGUGCUGUACCAGUAGUGGUAUAUAUUUAUUAAUUGUACACUGCAAGAUGUAUUUUUCUAGAUAUCUGUAAACAAACAAUAUUAAACAUCUGUGUUGUACCAGUA